AUGUCGGACAAAAACCAAGUUUCAGACGAAGCCAGGAAGGCGGUCAACGACAAAGUGUCCAACACCCCGUCAGGCUUCGUGACCAUCAUACAGGAGACUGGAAGAUCGUCCCAGAAGAGACGCUUGGACGCACAGAGGGCGCGAGAGAAGGCCGAAGCGGAGAAGAAUAAAGAGAGCCUCGGCAACCACAAGGCCAGCCAGUGGCUUGUCGUCGUUCAAUCCAAAUGGCCUGAGAUACCUGCUUGGGUGACGGAGCACCACCCGGAGAGGUUACCAUGCUCCCUGGAACAACGAAUACUUCAUGGCUCGUACAACGUAGGCCUAACUGCAGUAUUUACCAAUGGCGAGAAGUGGUUCAUUCGCUUUCCCUUGGUCGGCCACACUAGCGACGAGUAUCUGGACUUGAAGAUUAUCAACGAGGUAAAGACACUGAAGCUGAUUAGCGAGAAGACUGAUAUCCCAGUCCCAGAAGUCAAGGCUUGGGGCUCUGCCGACCACAAUAGACUCGGGCUGGGGCCGUUCAUCAUGGAGCAGUUCAUCGAGGGUGAGAGGCUUAAGCCGAUUCUUAGUGGUUCUAGCGACCCCGGCGACCACAUCUUGAGCGACAAGCUAGACGACAGGACAUUCGAGAUAAUAUAUAGGCAGCUUGCUCGAUUCAUGCUCCAACUUUUUGCGCUCGACUUUGACCAGAUCGGCAAUCUGCCUGGCGCAUCAUCACCUCUGCAGCCGCCACUUACCAUGACCGCUAACGAGAUCAAUCUCUAUUCUGGCGCGAAAGUCAUGAGCCCGAGAACGGAGCAAUUAUCCACAGCCGGAGAGUACUUCAACCACGUCGUGAAGCAGCACUGGCAACAAUUCACAACGCAGAGGAACUCAGUCUACGAAGAAGAGCGCGGCAAGCGGAACUACGCUUUUCACAAAGCCCUCGGGUCUCUAGUUGAACGGCAUACCUGGCCCGAAUUCGACCGAGGCCCGUUUAAGCUCAUCUGCGAUGAUUUCGGCCCAGCCAACAUGAUUGUCGAUAACAGGGACGAUCUGAAUAUUGUCGGGGUCGUCGAUCUGGAAUGGUCAUACAUCGGACCGGCUCAACUACUCGCGACCGCACCCUGGUGGAUACUUCAGGCAAGGCCCAACACCCUUGCGGCGAGCGAUGAGCACGCGGGCAUGUACCUCCAAUAUUUGAAUAAGUUCAUGCAGAUCCUGGAGGCGGAAGAGGAGAAGUUACAGCCGGACCAGCGCAAGGGACUAUCCUCGCUGGUGAAGCGAUCCCAAGAAAAUGGCACGAUGUGGUACCUCAUGGUGCUCCGGGGUUUCUACAUCGACGUCACGGAUUUGCCCUGUGACCAGCUCAUAGCUAGCACUCCCGAUUGGGAGAACCUCGCUGCCGAAGUGGCUGGUGAAGAAGCUCAAGCAUUCGUCACGAAAAAGCUGGAUGGAUUGAGGCCAUUCUUUGAUGAGAAAAAGAUGGUUGAGAGCAUGGAGGAAAAGUUGAAGGCUGGAACUCUGGAUCUUGCAACAGUCAUCGAACGUCUCGAACGUUUACUGAAGUGA